UCUAACAGGAGAUCCAAAAAAGUACCUUAUUUUGAGGAAAAGUCAACUACAGUCAGCUCUUGCAAAGAUCUUAUUAAAGAAGGGAGCAAAACGUAUAGAAGAUUUAAUGUCCCAAUAUAAGAUUCCCGCAGAUGUUAAAAAACCUCGCUAUGUUCGUGUCAAUACUCUGAAAUUGGAUGUUGAAACUGCUGUGUCUGAAUUAAGCAAAGAUAAUAUGGUCGAGAAGGAUGACAUGAUUCCCGAUUUAUUAGUGCUUCCACCAGCUACUGAUUUGCACAAUCAUCCUUUGGUCACAAACGGAAGUGUAUUUAUGCAAGGUAAGGCAAGUUCCAUGGUGGCAGUUGCCCUUGGGCCUAAACCAGGGUGGGAAACAUUGUAACUAGAGUUCAUGCAUGGGUAUGCAGGAAUGAUGAUGGGCAUGAGAUGGGUUCGAUCACCGAACCAUUUACGUGGGUCCCACAUGUUAAAUCCAAGAUCAUCCUGUUCAAUUGGGCAUAGCAUGACAGGGUUUGGCAAACACCAGUUGGUAUAGACUCUGAAAAAACAGGAAACUAGCAUACUAGGUAUUGCAUUGGGAUAAAGCUGGCAUACCUGAGCAACUAAAAGAGCCUCCGAAGGGGA